AUAGUUGACCUCCCCAUUCCCACUCCUCUAAUAAUCUCUCCAUAUAACCCCUUCUUCUUCUUCCACUUCUCUCUCUUACCCUCCAAGCUAACUCCACUCUUUCCAAUUUUUCCAUAUAAACCAAAAAAUCUGAUCUAUAUACCAAAAUCUGAAAACAGAUUUCUGCAAACGGAGGAGGGGAUUUCAUGGAGACCCACUCUGCAGCUAAUGAAGCCAGAGUUGAAUAUGGAGAGUGGGAAACAGAAAGAUAGAAAUUCAUAUUUCUGUUUUCGCAGAGUCUAAUAUAUAAAUAUACUUGAUGUCGACGAGUAGUACCGCACAUACCGAUUUGAUAGCGGGGAAUAUGGCAGCUGCGGCGGUGGCGGCGGCGAUGGAGGUGGAGUUCGCGAAAUGCGAUUGCUGUGGAUUGACGGAGGAAUGCACGCCGGCGUACAUCGAGAGGAUCCGGGAGCGGUACCAGGGGAAAUGGAUCUGCGGCCUGUGCGCGGAGGCGGUGAAGGAGGAGACGGUGCGGUGCGAGCGGCUGAUCAGCGCGGAGGAGGCGCUGAAUCGGCACCUGAAUUUCUGCUCGAAUUUCCGGUCGGCGGAGCCGCCUCCCGACCCGACGGUGCACUUGAUCGCGGCGAUGAGGCGGAUUCUUAGACGGAGAUUCACUUCCAUGCCGAACAGUCCGAUGAAGAGAGACGACGGAGAGAUCAAUCGGACGGCGCUCCAGAGAUCGGAGAGCUGUCUAGCGACGAUUUCGCUGUUGGAGGUGAAUCGCAGUGUGGAAAUGGAACAGAGCUGUGAAUAGAAGAAGAAGAAGAAGAAGAAGAGAGGAAUAUAGCUUAUGAGAAUGGUACUUAAAAUAAUGAUCAUAAUAAUCUCUCAAAAUAAAUAUUAUUACUUCCUCUGUCUUUAAAAAAGAAAAAGAAAAAUUGAUCCAACCAAAUUUUGACAUUGUUGAUGAUUAUUCUUGUAUAUCAUUUAAAUUUUUAUUGUCAAUUAAUCUAAUUUUCACUUUCAAAUGGAACGGGUCAAUUUUGUAAUUGCAGAUACAUACGAAUUUGAUUCAUAAAUAUCUACUUAACAU